AUGUCUGUUCGAGGUAAUUGUUAUUCAGCUUUACCGAGUUGACUAAUAGUAGUUGGACUUGGAGUUGUAGGAGGGCUGACAUAUCUAUCCCAGCCCGUUGCAAUUAGACGUCAAAACAAGCUUUAUGCCCAAGAAAAGUGCAAAGUAUUGAUAUCCAAAAAUAAAAUGAAGCUCAAUACUUUGAGAUACAAUAUCAAGGACAGAUAUAAUAGGUGGAAGUUUUACAAGUGCCUUUCUAAGACAGAAAAGGAUAAUAAGUAA